AUGGACAAAGUGAAGCAGGAACUGUCCCGCAUGGAAGACUUAGGUGUGAUAACCAAAAUAGAGGAGCCAACAGACUGGUGUUCUGGCAUGGUGGUGGUACCCAAAAAGAAAACAGACAAGUUCUUUGGAAGCUCCUCGUCAGACUCACUGUUUGGUUUUCUGCAGGGCAGCAAAGUCCAGACCAGGGUGGGCCUCCUCAUGCUGCUGUGCACAUGGAUCAGCAACUGUCCCAUUGCUGUCACGCACUUCCUGCACAACCAGGAUAACGUUCCCUUUCUGACGGCUCAGAUCUCUGAGAACCUGGGAGAAGACGAGAGGCUGGUGCAGGGCCUUUGUGCGCUGCUGCUCGGCAUCUGUAUCUAUCAUAACGAUAACUCACUGGAAAACUACACCAAGGAGAAGCUAAAGCAGCUGAUUGAGAAGCGCAUCGGAAAGGAGAACUUUGUGGAGAAGCUGGGCUUCAUCACCAAACAUGAACUGUAUUCGCGGGCGGCCCUAAAGCCGCAGCCCGUCUUCCCGUCGCCGGAGCAGAUGCUGUUCGACCACGAGUUCACCAAGCUGGUCAAAGAACUGGAAGGGGUGAUCACCAAAGCGGUUCACAAGUCCAGCGAGGAGGACAAAAAGGAGGAAGAGGUGAAGAAGACGUUGGAGCAGCACGACAACAUCGUAACUCGAUACAAGGAGCUGAUCAGAGAACAGGAUGCUCAGAUCCAGGAGCUGAAGGAGCAGGUAGCAGCGCUGUCCUCCCAGCACGAGCAGAUGCAGGCCACUGUCGCACAGCAGCUAUCCCAGAUCCAGCAGCACAAAGACCAGUACAACAUCCUGAAGCUGAAACUAGGUAAGGAGAGUCCGAGUCAGGGGGACGGCUCCCAGCAGAACGGACUGCAGACCGAGGAGCUCUCUCAGCUCAGAGAGGAGCUGGACGAGCUCCGCAAGCAGCACGCAGUCCUGCAGACGCAACUCGCCGAGCGAGACGCACUAAUCACCACCCUGCAGUCGAGCUCCCAGACGACAGAGAGCCCGGCAGGAGGAUCAGACAACACAGAGCUGCUGCAGGAGCUGGAGGCCAGGUUUUUGAUUCCCCCCCGAGAGUAA